AUGCCUUGUGUCUCAGAGUCCGUACCAGCAGUACUCUUGAAGGCCUGGAGUGAGACUCAGGUUUCUGAGAUGCAGAAGACAAAUUGUCCUCAGAAUAUGAUUGAAGAAGGAGCAUAUAACUAUUACCAGCGAGGAGACUACAUGAUCAGUGGUGUUGUUUGUUCACAGCUUUUUCAGGAUCAGCCACUCUAUGCUUUUUAUGAAUCACCAGCCAAGAGGAGGGAGAGUUUCCUACUUCUGAAGUACUGGCACGUGUUGUCCUUCCUGCUUUCCAUUCAUGAGAUCAACGAGAAUCCCAGGCUCUUACCCAACAUCAGUUUGGGCUAUGACAUCUAUGAGAGCCAUUUUGAUGCCAGGACAGCAUCCUAUGCCAUGCUGGGCAUACUUGCUGUUGGGGAAAGCCACCUUCCCAACUUCCGCUGUGGGAAGAAGAACCACCUGCUGGCCAUUCUUGAAGGAACCGAAUCAGACAUCUCCACUCUUAUUCCAGCCAUGUCGGGCAUCUACAAGAUUCCUCAGGUGGUGCCUCAUUCAAGGUGCGUGGAGAGCUGUCAUCCUGGUUACACCAAGGAGACUCAGGAAGGGAAGCCACCCUGCUGCUACGCAUGUUCCCCUUGUGCAGAAGGGACCAUCUCCAUUCAGGAAGAUGCAGAACAGUGCAGCAAGUGUCCUGAAGAUCAGCACCCAAAUGAGGACCGAAAUCACUGCGUCCCCAAGAGAAUUACCUACCUCUCCUAUGAGGAACCUUUGGGGAUUCUCCUGGCUUCCUUUGCCCUGAUUUGGCUUUUAAGCACAUGCAUUAUGCUUGGAAUCCUUAUCCAAUUCCGAGAAACUCCAAUUGCGAAGGCCAACAACAGGAACAUCUCUUACAUUCUUCUAGUCUCCCUACUGCUUUCCUUCUUGUCUUCAUUCCUGUUCAUUGGGCAGCCAAGCAAAGUGACUUGCCUUCUCCGACAAACAUCCUUCAGCAUCAUCUUCUCAGUUGCCAUCUCUGGUGUGCUGGCCAAAACCAUCACUGUGGUGCUGGCCUUCCUGGUCACCAAGCCAGGGAACAGAGUGAAGAGGUGGGUGGGGAAGAGCCUUGGAAACUCUAUUGUCUUUCCAUGUUCCAGUGUCCAACUGGUCAUCUGCUCCAUCUGGCUGGCAAUAGCUCCACCCUUCCCUGACUCUGACCUGAACUCCCAGCUGGGACACAUCAUCCUACAGUGCAAUGAAGGGUCUCUCACAAUGUUCUACACUGCCCUCACGUACAUGGGCUUCCUGGCUUCAGUCUGUUUCAUUGUGGCUUUUUUGGCCAGGAAGCUGCCUGGGGCAUUCAAUGAAGCCAAGCUGAUCACCUUCAGCAUGCUGGUCUUUUGCAGUGUCUGGGUGUCCUUCGUGCCCUCCUACCUGAGCACCAAGGGGAAGUACAUGGUGGCCGUGCAGGUCUUUUCCAUCUUGGCCUCCAGUGCUGGGCUGUUGGCCUGCAUUUUUCUUCCCAAGUGCUACAUCAUUGUCCUGAGGCCAGAGCUAAAUACGAAGGAACAUCUCAUGAUCCAAAGCAAAGAUACCAUCUGA